GUGUCCUGCUGGCGGCUGCAGCUCCAGCUGCGUCCCGCUGAACGGCGGAGGAUCUGAUCUGAGAGCUGCUGGAGAGCCACCGACCCAGAGACAUGUACCAGGUCCAGGGGACAGGGGAAAGGGUCGUUGCCAUGGUGCUGAAGGAGCUUCCUGGUAAAAAGGCAUCCUCAGAAGGAAACCCCCUCCUCACCGUGACAACCAAGCUGGUCCGGGAGCAGCAGGAGAGUCGCCCCCUGCUGAGUCCCUCCAUCGACGACUUCCUGUCUGAGAGCCGGAGCGACGCCCCCUCCGCCCGGCCCCUCACCUCCAACACAGCAGUUCUGUCCACAGCUCUGGAUCUGGUGGACCUCAGUGAGCCGGGGGAGAGCAGCGGGAGCAGUAGUGGUGGUAGUAGUGGCAGCAGCAGUCAGAAGGACCAGAAGAGGAGCCCCCUGAGGAGGAUGGGCAGCUCGAGGAGCACGAGGAGCUCGAGGAGCCCUCGGCGCCAGACGAGACAUGAGGAGACGGAGCUGAUCCAGGUUGAGGUGGAACACCUGCCUGCCAGUCCCAGAACACCUGAGAGGAUCUCGCUGGACUCAGUCAGUCUGUCGUCUCCUCUGGACAAAUGGGACGAGGUGAACCUGGACGUGGAGGACGGAGGACGCAGGAGAUACGAGAAGAGGUGCACCUCCCACCACUCCUCCAGUGAACUGCUGUGGUGUGCAGAGUUUAAAACUGAUCCUCUAACGAAGACCUCCUUUGACAUCCACAGCUUCGAUGAUCUCGACUUCAUCUCUUCAACACAGGACUGUGGGGUGUCCAGACAGCGCAGACGGACUCGUUCCCUAUUGGCUAGGAAGGAGUCUCUGGAGGACGAGUUUGUCAGAGCGAAGGCUGCUGUAGAGUCGGACACAGAGUUCUGGGACAAGAUGCAGGCCGAGUGGGAGGAACUUGCUCGGAGGAACUGGCUGGAGGAGUCCGAAGAUCAAGGUCCGAUCCCAACCACCGUCUCACCUGCUGAGAAGGGUUACUACUUCAACACCAACAACCCGUACAGAGACUGGCCCAACGCCUUCGCCGAGGGUCAGGAGAAAGCUCGAGACGGAGACCUGAACACCGCCGUCCUGCUGCUGGAGGCUGCCAUCUUACAGGACCCGCAGGACUCUGAGGCCUGGCAGGUUUUAGGGAUGACUCAGGCUGAGAACGAGAACGAACAGGCCGCCAUCGUGUCGCUUCAGAGGUGUCUGGAGCUCCGCCCCAACAACCUGCCGGCUCUCAUGGCACUCGCUGUCAGCUUCACCAACAGCAGCAUGCAGCUGGAGGCCUGCGACGCUCUAUGCCGCUGGAUCUGCCACAAUCCUCGAUACAAACACCUGGUACUGGACUGCAGGAGCCCGCUACAGGGCUCCCCGGCCACGCCUCGCAGGGGCCCGCACACGGCGGCCAGGUGUGAGCUACAGGAUGUGCUGCUUCUCUUCCAGGAUGCGGCUCUGUUGAAUGUGGACUGUGUAGAUCCAGACCUGCAGACCGGACUGGGAGUCCUCUUCAAUCUCAGCUCUGACUUUAACAAGGCUGUAGAGGCUUUUACUGCAGCGCUGUCUGUCAGACCACAGGACUACCUGCUGUGGAACCGUCUGGGUGCGACGUUGGCGAACGGAGACCGCAGCGAGGAGGCGGUGGAGGCGUACACCAGAGCUCUGGAGCUGCAGCCCGGAUUCAUCCGGUCCAGAUACAACCUGGGGAUCAGCUGCAUCAACCUGGGAGCUCACAGGGAGGCUGUCAGUAACUUCCUGACGGCUCUGAACCAGCAGAGGCGGAGUCAGCGCUGCAGCCACCAGCAGAUGUCAGCUAACAUCUGGGCCGCCCUGCGAAUCGCCAUCUCCAUGAUGGACCGACCCGAGCUCUUCCAGGCCGCCAACGUCAGGGACCUGGACCUGCUGAUGAGGGCCUUCGAUGUGGGCGAUGUCUGACGGCGGACGGGGUGUCCUGGUUGCACUCAAGGUUGUCUGAUGGAGUUUAGUUGAGAGGAAAUCUGAGUGUUUUCUCCCAGGAACAAUGGACCAGAGGGGGAGACGGGUUUGGUUUCAAACCAAAGAGACCACGAUGGCUGCAGGAAGGUCCUCUGCAACAUAACAGCACAACCCUUUAGCCUCCUGUAAGAACAGUAUUUCUACCUGCUGU